GUCAUUCAGACUAUCAGUGCCACUGACAAAGAUAGCUCUGCAAAUGGGCCAAGAUUCCAUUAUUCUCUUGAAGAAGGUCUUUCUCUGAAUCCCAACUUUACCCUCAGGGACAAUGAAGAUAACACAGCCAGUAUCCUAACCAGACGGAGGAGAUUCAGUCGAACUAUUCAAGAUAUCUACUACCUCCCAAUUUUGAUUUCUGAUAGUGGAAUCCCUUGUCUCAGCAGUAGCACCACUCUUACGAUUAGGGUCUGUGCAUGUGAGAGAGAUGGGCGUAUUCGGACCUGUCAUGCCGAAGCUUUCCUUUCCUCAGCUGGUUUGAGCACAGGAGCCUUAAUUGCAAUUCUGCUCUGUGUCAUUAUUCUUCUGGCAAUUGUGGUCCUUUUCAUUACAUUAAGACGCAGCAAAAAGGAGCCUCUGAUAAUUUCCGAGGAGGAUGUCAGGGAAAACAUUGUCACCUAUGAUGACGAGGGUGGUGGAGAAGAGGAUACUGAAGCGUUUGACAUCAUAGCUCUGCGGAACCCAUCAGCUGCUGAAGAGCUGAAGUAUCGGAGGGAUGUGCGUCCUGAGGUGAAGCGCACACCCAGGCACCAGCCUUCUUCCAACCUGAACAGUAUAGAUGUUCAUGAAUUUAUUAAACAAAGAUUGACAGAGGCAGAUCUUGAUUCCAGCGUGCCUCCCUAUGACUCCCUACAAACAUAUGCAUAUGAGGGUCAGAGAUCAGAAGCUGGAUCUAUCAGCUCUCUCGAUUCAGUCACUACACACUCUGACCAGGAUUAUAAUUACCUUGGUGACUGGGGACCAGAAUUUAAGAAGUUAGCUGAACUCUAUGGAGAAAUAGAAUCAGAAAGAACAACUUAGUUAACAUUCCUGGAAGCAGAAGUGUUUUAGCUCCCAAACUGGAGAGAGAAUCAGAGCAGCGGUAACAAUACAUGAAUAUAGUACUUGGAACUGAGCAAGUUGUACACAGUUACUGUAGAAACAAAUGCCCUUUUCAUAUUUGAAACUGGGUUAGUAAACUGGAAGGAAGUCAAAUUUUAAACACAGAAAAAAAAAUAAACUAUUGUCCUUUGUGUAUAUUUUAAUUGCUCAAUAAAGUCUGUGAUACCAUAUCCAUAACAGUACCUAAAAUAAAUGAAGUAAUGACAUUUUUAUUGCAAUAUAUUUAAACAUACCAGAACAACAGUAUUUCCGGUUUGUGAAGGUAGUUCACUGGAGAGCUAAUCUUUUGCAGGAAGUUUUGACAUUUCCUUUGUAGCUCUGCUAUAGGCUUGUGUAAGCAGGGGCUGAACUGCUGCUUGCUGUCAGCCAGCUGAAAG